AUGACUUCUCCUCCCAUCUCUUUACCUCCCCUUUUCCUCAGAACCACUGUCCGUUAAUCUUUUCUGUCUCUCUCUCUCUCUCUCUCUCUCUCUGGUUAAUUUCGGCAAUCACCAUGUCAAACCAACCUAAAUCUUUCAACUGGAAGUCGAAGAAGGAUAUCAGUACUUCUAUCCUUGAGAGGAAGAAGUCUCCUUAUCCGCUUAUUGUCGUUUCUCUCCAUCACUCCACCAUGGAAAACGUUCCAGAUUUUCUGGGCGAUGCAAAUCUCAUCCAGGGUAAGAAAAGGAAGGACACUGUCACUCGAACCUCUAGCUUCGAGUCCACUAGCUCCAUUCAAUGGAGAACAAUGAAGAAAAAACAAAGAAGAAAUGAAACAAAGAUCAAGAAGAGAUCCAUCUGAAAUAUCAACUGAACCGAUAGACGAUAAGCCGGCUACUGCCAAAUAUCCAGUGUGUGCUGAUGGAUUAAGAAAAGUUUUGAAAUACAUCAAAGAGUACAAUAAGUACCGAGAGAUCAUGGUCACUGAGAAUGGGUACAAGGAGACACUUGGAGAGAAAGAUGUACUGCCGGAUGCGCUUAGCGACAGUAACAGGAAGUAUUACCAUGAGACAUCUCAUGGCAUUACAUGGAGCAGUCUGCUAUGGUAGCAGGGAGGUAAUGACUAUCCGGGGGAUGACAUGUCCGGCGCUCAGAGUGUUACGAGAAGCUCUCUAAUGUCGUCCAGAAUGGUGUUCCAUUGAACAACAACCGAUGCGAUUCUGGACACUGACUGCACCACCGCUAGAAGGUCCAACUGUGGCAGACGUAAGCUCUGUGGAGGAUUGUACUUGAACAAUUGAUGAUGAUGAUGAUGGGUCUGCUACACAUUAUGAAGACCCACCAGCAUUUUUAAUGUUUAAAAUUUGAGUGGAUAACUGUGUCGUCCAUUUCGUAUUUCCAAACCCUAUGUUAUUUGUGUUUAGUCGUUCUUUUGGUUGAGGGUUAAGAAUAAAACAUUAGUUUUAACCAUAUGUUUAAUCUAAAUCAAUUUCAUGAUUUUCUAUAUCUUGACAUUGUCAUCCAUGUAAUUGAUAUGGUCUUUAAUAUA